ACGUGACAUAGUAAUAAAAUCAUGAAAAAAAAAUCAAAUUUAAGACAAAAUCUGUGAAUUUUUUUUUAAUGAAUAUAGGACAUUACUGACAUAAAACGUGCGAAGCGGGCUUUGUACUGUCAGCGAAUAUAAUGGAGAAAAACAGAUUAAAAAAUUAUCGUAUAGCAAUGUGGACAUGUAUUUUAAUAGUAUUUUACUUAUCUGGAUGCAAUGGCCAGUCACCUGAUGCAGGAGGAAGUACCUCAACAAUUGUGUUUCCUGUAGUCAGCUCAUCAGUUGCUCCAUUACCAAAUUUUUGUACAACUGGGCAAAACAAUUGCCACGAUUUUGCGACUUGUGUAUUGUUGGGCAAUACAUUUGAAUGUCGCUGUAACACUGGUUUUCAAGGCAAUGGUAGAAUUCCUAAUGGUUGUACAGAUAUUAACGAGUGUGAAAACAGAACGUCAUGUGAUGGUAAUGCAAACUGCCGUAACAACCCUGGCUCUUUUACUUGCCAAUGUAAGGCUGGUUUUACAGGAGACGGAAAAACAUGCACAAAUAUUAACGAAUGUAAUCAACCAAACAUAUGUGUCAGUCCUGCUGUGUGUGUUGACAAAGCUGGUGGCUUUGAUUGUAACUGUCCAGAUGGAUACAUUAAGGAUGGACAGAGGUGCAAAGACGUCAAUGAAUGUACAGCAAAUCCUUCACCAUGUGGGCCAAAUGGAGUUUGCCGAAAUACAUUAGGGUCUUUUGCAUGUGAUUGUAUUGCUGGCUACAGAAAACAAGGUCAAUUCAGUUGCCAAGAUAUUAAUGAGUGUACCACAAAUACACACAGUUGUGAUACCAAUGCAAAUUGCAUAAAUACACAAGGCUCAUUUACAUGUCAAUGCAAAGAUGGUUUUAGAAAAACUGGGGACGUUUGUACAGAUAUUAAUGAAUGCCUGGACACUAACACUAGACGUUGCCACCAGAAUGCGAGAUGUGAAAAUGCUGUUGGUGGGUACAAUUGUGUGUGUAAUAAAGGCUACAUUGGCGAUGGACAGAAUUGCAGGGAUCAGAAUGAAUGUAACAUCCAAAGUCUUAAUACAUGUAUAAGUCCUGCUGUGUGCAAAAACACAAUUGGAAGUUUUGUAUGUGAUUGUGAAGUUGGAUACACAAAAGUUGGUAACAAUGAAUGUCAAGACAUUGAUGAGUCCAAAUUAGUUCCAUCUGUUUGUCCGGAAGGAUCAACAACUCAAAAUACUAUAGGCAGCUAUAUAUGUAUUUGUAAUGCAGGGUAUACUGGCAAUCCUUGUACAGACAUCGAUGAGUGCGUUACUAACAAUAAUAAUUGUCACACUAAUGCCAAUUGCAUUAAUACAAAUGGUUCAUUCACAUGUGAAUGCAAAACAGGAUUUACUGGCAAUGGGUUUGACUGCACUGAUAUCAACGAAUGUGAUUCAAACAAUUGUGCUGCAAGUGGUGCGAUAUGUGUAAAUACUAUUGGAAGUUUCCAAUGUGUUUGUGUACCAGGAUUUACUGGCGAUGGCUUCAGCUGCACUGAUAAAAAUGAAUGCAAUGACAACCUUUGUGAUCAAGACUGCCGUAACACUCCUGGCUCCUAUGUUUGUAGUUGUAAAACAGGAUACACAUUUUCCGCACCACAUACUUGCACAGACAUUAAUGAAUGUAACACAAAUGCUCACAAUUGUCAUGUGAAUGCAACUUGCACAAACACAGAUGGGUCGUUUACUUGUAAAUGUAAGAGUGGUUAUCUUGGGAAUGGAGUAGAAUGUGUUGUGGAUAACUUUGCUCCUUAUCGACAGUGUAAUUUCCUCCAGAAUGUAGAUGUAAACCAACCUAUCAUCCGCUUGCAAAAUAAAGAUGGGUUUCCAUUGGCAGGGAAUGUAAUGAAUGAUGUUUACGUGUGUGUUAAUGGAUUUAUAACUCUUGGCAUUGAGCAGUGUGACCAGGGUCCAGCGGGUGAAUUAGGUGAAAAUCUACACACAGGGACAAUAUUUGCACCAUUUUGGGCUGACAUUGAUUUGCGAAUUCCAAGAGGUGUCCCUGCUAAUGAGACAAAUCGGAUGUAUUAUUGCCAAUACAGCCCAAGUGAUUUUGAUAAUGGCAAAGCUACAGAAAAUACAAAUAUUCACGCCAGUGUUCAAAAGGUCAUUAGAGCAUAUACACCUGUUAAAAACUAUGUCCCAUUGAACACUAUCAUAGUUGCUUGGAAUGAAGUUCGACCGUUUCCAUCGUCAGAAGCUUUAACAUACUUUAACAGCAAUCAGAAAGCUACUUUUGAGGUCGUACUGACAUCCGAUGGAGAAAACACCUUUGUUUAUUAUGUGUAUUUUAACAUGAAUUGGAAUGAUCCAACAUUUAAAGUUCAAGUUGGAUAUCGUUAUCCUAGUGCUAUGGAAAGUCUUACACCUCAAGUGUUACCUGGGUUCUCACGUCUCAGAUUUGACAAGGCGAGAUUUCGUAAUGGUGAUACUGGUUUGUUCAUUGCUCAAGUAUCAACUAAUUCUAGUCAAAUGGCAGCAUUAAACUGUGGUAGGUGGCAAAAGCAACAACCUACUGUUGCUCAAAUUCAAUCUCUGUCAUUUCAGAGUCAGGGAUUAAGGAGAAGAAGGUCUUGUCCAUGUACAAUUCAACAAGCUGUUCGUGAUUCACGAUAUAAACCAGAAGAUGUUGGUUUACAAGCACUGGCAACAUGUUGGUAUAGAAAUAGAAAUAGAAAUAGAAAUAGAAGAUGUCCUUCCAGAGAAAAUAGACGUCCUUAUUGUAUUCAAAGGAAACAAGUUUGGUUGCUUAACAAUAUACAAAAUUCUGAUGGUGAUAAAGCUGCGUAUGUAACCCGUUGCUGUUAUGAAUUGGAGCGUGGUGGUCUAAUAAAAACAGUUAGUGGACAACUAGAACCACUUACACAGACUCAUUUUCAAUUUACUAAACUCAGCCAAAACCAGUUAAGAAGAAAUAGGCAAGAAUUUAUAAACAACUUAAUUCUUAAAGAUGCAUCGCCAUUCAGAGAUUGUUGUCGUCAAUCAGCAAAAUGCGAUGUGUAUGAAAGUCAUUCGAUUGUUCCUGACUGCUCAAACUACCGUCCAAGGCAAAGAUCCCCAGGAUAUGGUGAUCCUCAUUUCAUCACACUUGAUGGUUUGGAGUAUACAUUUAACGGCCUUGGUGACUAUGUUUUAAUCACGUCAAGCACAUCACAAAUUCAAUCGAGAACUUGCAAAGCUCUCAAUACUGUAGGCGCCGUCAACGCCACUGUAUUUUGUGGGUUUGCAAUAAGUGUUAUUGACGAAGCCAAAGUAGAAUUUUAUUACGAUCUAAAAGCAAAUACUUCAACCUUGAUAGUGGAUGGCACUGAACGAAAUUUAGUUACUGCAUCUUAUGACACAGUGGAUAUUGUCUACGAAGUGGGGGAUACAGAAGGAAUAUUGGAAAUUCAGUAUUUGUCUGGCCUCAGUCUUGAGAUCUCCAUAUUCAGAAAGAUGUUGCAGAGUUCAAUAUCUGUGCCAGAGGAUUUAGCUGGUACUCUAAAAGGUCUGCUUGGUGAUUACAAUGGUGAUAAAGAUAAUGACUUGGUGUCAAGGAAUGGAACAGUUUUUUCACCUAAUUCGUCCGAAAGUGAAAUAUAUUACAACUUUGGCUUAGGAUGGGCUGUUCAACCAAGUGAAUCAAUGUUUUCACAACCGCAUAUAGAUUUGGAUUCAUUCUUCGUGCCGAUCUUUUUCACUAACUUAAAUGACAUGUUCAAUAACAACAACACAGCCAUUGAUGAAGCCAAAAGGAGUUGUGGAAAUGUGACUGCGAACAGAGAAUGUUUUUUCGAUUUAGCGGUGUCUCAUGAUGUUACACUGGCUGUUAAUGGAAAAGACUAUAUUCAGGAAGAAACAGAAGUUACCGCUCUUCUUCAAACUGAACCUCCAGUCAUUAUUGGUCCAAUUCAAAUCAAUGUUACUUACCUCGAGCGUACUAAUUUCACCAUCAUGGCUGUUUCGAAUGUCUCCAAUGAUCUGACGUAUUUCAUAAACACAAAUUUUAGUAGUUCUUUUACAUUGCUGGAUAACAAAACUGGAGUGGUUGAAUUUGUACCCACUACAAGGUCAGAAACGAUUGAAAUUGGUGUUGUCGAUGAGUUCGGCUUAUCUGCUAUACAACAAGUCCGUAUACUGUAUUGCUUUUGCGAACACAACGGAGUGUGUGAUCAUGAAGAUUUGGAAAUAGAAGGAGAAUAUUUUGCUGGAGUCUAUAUAAACUUCGUGCAGUGUUUGUGUCCCGAAGGCUUCACUGGAUCUCACUGUGAAACAGAAGUCGAUGUGUGUGUGGAUACACCUUGUUUUGCCAACGUCACCUGCGAAAACACCCUUAACGGUACGGCUAAAUUGGCCAAGUGCGGUAGCUGCCCGUUUGGCUACACAGGCGACGGAAGAAAGUGCUAUGAUGUGGAUGAUUGUGCCGUCAUGCAACCGUGCCAACAGCAAUGUCAAAACACGAUUGGAAGUUUCACCUGCUCUUGCUUCAGCGGUUACAACACCUUCAACAGCACACAUUGCACUGAUGCUAACGAAUGUCAAAACACAACCGCCUGUUCUGGCCAGAAUGAAUUAUGCGAAAACACGAUUGGUUCGUUUCGUUGUGUGUGUCAACCUGGUUACCGUAGAAACUCUUUAAAUCUAUGCGUUGAUAUUAACGAAUGCAAUGAAACAACUGACAACUGUCAACAGAACUGCGUGAACACACCAGGUAGCUUUACAUGUGAUUGCAAAGCCGGAUAUACGCGGAGUCUAGAUGAAAGGACAUGCGUGGAUGUAAACGAAUGCGAGUCAGCCAAUGAUUGUUCUUCUCAGGCAACUUGCACUAACACUGAAGGAAGCUACUUAUGUUUUUGUAAUCCUGGUUACAGUGGCACUGGAAAAGUCUGUGGAGAUUUGAAUGAAUGCGAUUCAGUAGUGCGCGCGUCACUCAGAUUGCCAUUGGAUUGUUCAACAAGGUGUGUUAACACUAUAGGAUCCUACCGAUGUGAAUGUAAUGCUGGUUUCCAAUUAAGUGUGGAUAAUCAUACAUGUAACGAGCAGUUGAAUCCUUGCUUGACUGGCACGAGCAACUGUCAUGAAAAUGCAAGAUGCAAUUAUAUAAACAGAGAGGUCCAAUGUAGCUGCAAUACUGGUUACUCUGGUGACGGCCGGACGUGCACAGACGACAACGAGUGCAACCCUCUCCGAGAUUGCCGGCAAAAAUGCCAAAACACGCCAGGUAGUUAUAUGUGUGGUUGCAACGAUGGGUACAUCUUAAACGCUAAUGGCAAAACCUGUGAUGAUGUCGAGGAGUGUGUACUUAGAUUAGCAAGCUGUCCGUCGAACUCACGCUGUGUCAACACCAUCGGCUCAUACAAUUGCAACUGCGACAAUGGAUUUAUAAAGAAUGGAAGCCGUUGUGACAAUAGAAACGAGUGUGCCAUUGGAAACGGAGGUUGUAAUCAAACCUGUACUGACACGGCUGGCUCGUUUACGUGCAGUUGCAACUCUGGCUAUGAACUGAACCCAGACGGCAAAACUUGUGAGGAUGUGGACGAAUGCUUGCUUGCAAGGGAUGACUGUCAUGCUAAUGCUGACUGCCAGAAUACCAUCGGCUCAUACAUGUGUUCUUGCAGAAAUGGAUACUCUGGAAAUGGUCGAACAUGCACAAAUGUCAAUGAAUGUAUUGACAAUACCCACAAUUGUGACACAUCUGCUGUUUGCGUGGACACUGAGGGUAGCUUUACGUGUAGUUGUAGAACCGGAUUCGCUCUUCAACUCAAUGGCAUAAGCUGUGAAGAUAUAGAUGAAUGCUUGCUGGGCACUGCUAAUUGCGCAGGAAAUCUUAGCUGUGUGAACACGCAAGGCUCCUUCAUUUGCAAAGGUACUUGUGAGCUUGGAAAUAACUGCGAACAGCGUUGCAACAACACAAUGGAGGGUUAUUUUUGUUACUGCAGCCCAGGUUAUCAAAUCAAAUCAGACGAGCAAAAUAAAUGCGUGGAUGUGAACGAAUGUAUGGACACUCUGUUAAAUGAUUGUCAUAGCAGUGCUGAUUGCAUGAACAGUGUUGGCUCUUAUAGAUGUCAAUGUCGAACUGGUUUUACUGGUGACGGUAAAACACCGUGCACACCUAUUGGAACCACGACAACACCAUCAAGCCGCGUUCACUAUUUGAAUGGAUCCAUUGCGACAGUCGACCCUACUCUACUCGAUGGAAAAAUGUUAGAUUUUACAGAUCCAACUACAAUAUCUGCCUUUCAGGAUCCAACCUCGCAAUUGUAUCGCGACUAUUCGGCUGCCGUAAAAAAUGCAUUAUUGAUCAAACUGAAGGGGGUUAAUGAAAAUUUUGCUAAUGUGCAAAUCAUGUCAUUGAGACCGACACUAACUGGAGUCACGGUCCACUACACAGCGGGAUCUUUUGUGGUCAUUAAUGACACCGCAGCUACCCUCCAAACCAGAUUGGUUGAGUUGUUCCGUGUUGCAAACUACAAAUUGGAUGGCGGGAAACUUAACGCUACAGUCACCCAACGUAGUAUUACAAUUAAUGAUUUUGACGAAUGUGCAAACAACCGGGACAUAUGUCACAAAGAGGCAACCUGUGUGAAUGUGCAAAAUUCCUACAACUGCGUGUGUAAAAACGGUUUCCAGGGUGACGGCUUCAAUUGUGCAGCAAUAGGAUUUAUUCAUCAAGAUGGUGUCAUCGGGCUUUACGACUCUGUUCUGGAUGGCAUCCAAAUCAAUUUAAAUGAUGCGAAUGUGCGCACUGCCCUUGGGAAUCCUUCGUCAACGCUUCACAAGAAAUACAAAGCUGCUGUUGAAGAAGGCAUUUACGCCGUACUAAGCAGUACUUCGAACUCAAUAGCGUCGGUGAAUGUGAAGACGAUUACGCCCGCCCAGCAAUCUGUUUCAAACAACAUUACAGUAACGUACGAGCUAGUGUUUUACAAUAACAACUCAGACACCCCGUCUAUUGUCCAAACAAAAUUACAGAACGGUUUCACUGCCAGAAGCGAUGCUCUGACUGUUGUAGGCUUUACAGCGCGUGUUAUACCAACAUCACACGCCAUUACAGAUCAAAACGAAUGUGCCACUGGCGUUCACAACUGUCACACACAAGCUACUUGCACUAAUGCAGACCCCGGCUUCACAUGCGCUUGUAAUACUGGUUACCAAGGAACCGGUGAUACUUGUAAAAAGAUUGACGAUGGCGAUGAUGACUUAACGACGUUAGCUGCAAUUUUUGCGACAGUUGGUGUUGGUUUGUUGAUUCUCAUCAUUUUACUUAUCUGGUUCGUCUUGAAUCGCAGGAAAAGAAAGUCAUCAAAAGACUCUGACACAUCUAGCAGUUAUGAUGGCAGCGCCUCAUGGACGCCGUUCCCCUUCGGUCAAAUGAGGGCGAGAAGCAUGUAUGUGCCUCGUGGUGUAGUACCAACGCAAUAUAAAGAUAUUCCUGAGGAUGAAAGAUGAUCGAAACACCACGGCUCAUACAUAUACAUAACUAUUUAAAAAAAUUGACCUCCGUAAAGGGGAAAUGAAACAGGGACUUUAAUGUUUUUUCGAUAUUAUUUGCUGCAGCUGCCUUCUGUGUUUUAUAAUGCAUAGUUAGGUUACUUCAUCCUUGACGACCCGGUAGCUUUCAGAAUGCACAACCUGGCAACCCAUGUAGCUCAAGUUUCGAUUAUUUUUAUGCACUGAAUAUUUGUUAAUUUAUUUUUUCUACGUUUUAUAUUUUUUAAGAAUUUACACUUUAAAAAUUUUUUUCAAAUUGACACUCAACCACAUGGUUUUUUUUCGCCGGUUGAAAAAAAAAUCAUGUGAAAAAAAAAUUAAUUCAUAGUUAAUAAUUGUUAUUUGCACCCGAGGGUUUUCCUAUUCAAUUCUCCGAAUGUACGAUUUUCUGUUUAAUUUCAACAAUAGUCUAAACUUCUUUUCAUUUAUAUAUAUAAAAAAAGUUUUGACUCACGCCUGAACUUCUUUUCACUUAUAUAUAUAAAAAAUCACAUAACCUUUUAAAAUGUUAAUAAAGAUUUACUUUUGGUACGAAAUAUAAUAAAUUCUGACACAGUAUCUACUAAUUAUGUUUUUAUUUCACUGGAGCAGGUUGUUGGUAUAACAUUCCCAACUGCUUUACACGUUUUUUUGAAUUUAUAAAUUUAUAAAGAAUGAAAAGCCCUUGCAGACUAAAAGAUUUCAGAUUCUUGUU